AUGCUCCCUCUCCUCCUCCUCCCCCUGCCCCGUUGGACAUCGUGGCCCGGCCACGCCCUGGCCGUGCGCGCGCGCGCGCUCGCGCACCAUUCCCCGCUCACGCCAGGGGCGCAUCCCACGGGCGCCCCGCCCAACGCUCCCUGGCCUCCACGCCCGCCCGCGGCGUGCAUCGCCGCCCCUGACCGCAUCCACCCCCUGCUGCUGCUCCUCUGCCGCCCGCGGGCCUGCUCGUCGCCGGCCCCGCACUCCGUCCCCUUGCCCUGCAGCACCUGCACGCCCCGCUCUCCCACCGCCCACCGCUGGGCGCAACUCCGGCCGGCCGGCUCACUGCGCCCGCUGGUCGCAGCCAGAUGCGCCACACCCCGCGCGCCCCUGGUGUAUGACAGAAAGCUCCAACUCAUCGAAGGCUCCCUGUAUCCAGGGUUUGGUCUUGUGUUUCCUCGUUUCCCUUCACCGACCCCCGCCGCCCGCCGCCGCCGGCCGCAGCCACUCCUCCAGCCGUCACCACUACGCCGCUUGUCCCACCCACUUAAGCUUCUCCCCUCUCUCGCGCUGGCGUUCGCGUCCAACUGCGGCGCCCGACCGCCGUGCCUCUGUCGGGCGGGGGGUACAAACGGAAGGAAUGGGCCGGGAGGAGAUCCAGAUGCGGCUAGCGAUGGCGCCGUCCGUCAGUCCGUGCCCCUCAGCAACCGUGCUGGCGACCUGGACACUGGACAGGGAGAUGGAUGCUCUGGAACUGGAAGGCCAAGCAUACAAGUUUCUUCGCCGCCGGCCAGGAAGAGGGCCACAUCGCGGAGUCGCUCUCCUGGCGCUACUAGCACGACUUCUAAAGAGCCCCGCAUCACCAUGGUAGUAUGGGAGAGAAAUUUGGGAAGUUUAAUUAGCUUCUUCACUCACUUGGUCACCUCUCUGUCCUUCCUCUCCAUGCAUUUGUUGUUCCGGUCAUUCGUUCUAUCAUAGAAGAUUUAGAAGAUUCGAUUGCAAUGAGUCUUGUAUUCUCUCUCUCAGAGAUAUACUCACUACCAUCUUAGGGGUGGAGAGUAACAAGGGUAUGAUCAGUUAUCUGGUCCUCACAUAUGUUCAAACCAGUAUUUGCCAUGAUUUUAACCAGGUGCAUAUGGUGUUGAUUGUAGAGCUGAUCAAGUAGUCCCUCGGUUUCAUGUCAAGCUAGCUAUUUUUCAAGUACCAACUCAACAGGGGCAGGGGCUUCUUGCAUCUCCAUAUGGAAAAAAGAGUUGCCCAGUUAAACCAGAUACAAAGGCCACAGAGCUUCCACCGAUAUUCGGUUGCGUUUGUAGUUCAUAUAUACAAUUAGGUCUCUUCCAUCCAUGCUAUUUGCUGUUCCCAUUUGGUCCGGAGGCUUGAGAUUUGUGUGUGCGCACGGGCGUGCACGCAUACAUACCACAAAUACUAGCCCAUUCUGACAGUUCAGACUUCCGCCAUAGUCAAACUGUUAACUGGCAGGCCUACUACAAACUAACAGGCUAUAACGUAAAAACAAAUCUUCCUCUGUUAUUUUUAAUUUAUAGCUUGUUGGUCUUCUUCUCUCUCCAGGUUCAUAUUUAUUCAGAGUGGAAAGUAUAUUGCCUGACACAUUAAGUCGGCUACGUGCAAACCAUUUUGUGUGGAUACAACAUGUUGAUUUGAUAUCUAAACAAUGAUUUAUAUGAUUUUACUCAGCUAUUAGUUUGACCUAUAUAUCUUCUUAUUUCCAUUAAGUGUUUCUUGUAAAUGUAUGCAACUUGCAUUGGUUUUUUUUCUUGCACACACGACCUACAUGUUCCUUGCUGCUCACUCUGCGCACAUCAUAUAUUAUGACGUUAUUUGGAGUGCUAUUGUUUGAACUUGAAGUGCACGAGAUGUAUCACAUAUCUCAUUACUUUUUAAUA